UCAUUUUUAUUUAAUUUACAUCCAAAAUAUUACUCAGAACUGUAUUCGGUCGUGCAUUUCAUUCCGUCAAUCGAAUCGUUGGAUCUCCGAUUUAGGGUUUCCAUUGCGCCGAUGUCUUUUUACCUUCACAAAAUUGGAUCAUCUUUUUCAUCUAUUCGACACCGUUCCUGCUUUAUGAACCUCGGCAGGCUUUGGUGUUCUUACAAAAUCUUCUUUCGUCACUGGACUUAAUCAUUUCCCUUACACUCCUCCAAAUUUUAGGGUUUCCUUUUUCUCUCUCUUUUUUCUUCACUAGUUAUUGCUCUCUUUCGAUUUUUACUAUAACGCACUUGUUUCCUUUCUCGAUUAAUAAUAAUCAUUGUCGGAGCUACGAGGUUUCGAUUGAAAUUGUAUAACGACUCAGGUUGCUUGUUGAACUAGAUUACAAUUGACUAUAAUUGUGUGCUUUUCUUUUGAUUUGAUUUGAUGGCUAUAUCGAAAUUGAUACCUGGAUUUCGAUUCCAUCCAACUUCUGUUGAAUUGGUGAAGUACUUUCUGCAAAGGAAAGUGAUGGGAAAAAAGUUUCAUGAUGAUGUCAUUGCUGAACUUGACAUAUACAAAUAUGCUCCUUGGGAUCUCCCAGACAAAUCUUAUCUGAAAAAUGGGGAUUUAGAAUGGUUCUUCUUCUGUCCGAUUGAGAAGAAAUAUGGAAGUGGGAUGAGGUUGAAUCGAGCUACUGAAUUUGGAUUUUGGAAAGCUACUGGUAAGGAUAGAGCUGUUCAGCACAAUAACCAAACUGUGGGGAUGAUAAGAACUUUGAUAUUUCACACUGGAAAAGCACCUCGUGGUGAUCGAACGGAUUGGGUUAUGCAUGAGUAUAGGCUUGAAGAUAAGGACCUUGCUCACAAAGGAAUUGUUCAGGAUUCCUAUGUAAUCUGUAAGGUAUUUCAAAAGGAAGGUCCUGGUCCCAGGAAUGGUGCGCAAUAUGGUAGACCAUUUAACGAGGAAGAUUGGAGUGAUGAUGAAGUGGGAAUACCUUUUGCCGCAUCGGCUGCACUAGUUCCCAGUUUGCGCGUGACACCUAAUAGUUCUGUUCCAAAUGACCAGGCUCUCCAUGCUAGUGGAUCUAAUGGUUCAAUAUCCACUUCAUGUCAAUCAGGAUUGGUGCCUUCUCCCAACCCAGUAAAUCAUUCAUAUCCAGACAACCAAGCUGUUAAUAAUGAUAAUGAUGAUAUUUUAUCAAUGCAUGAUAUUUUCAAAGACAAUGACAUAUUGCCCGAGGAAAAUAUGGCUGAAGGGGCACUUUUAAGUGACUUUUUUGAGGGUUUGGGAAACCUGGAUUCCUCGGCUUUGUUCGGUGGUAUAUCCUUUGGCCAGAAUGCUGAGUUUAGCACAAAUGAAAUGACUACUACUGGUGAUGUCUUGGAGCACGGCAUCAUGGAUUUUUUGGAGUUGAUUGAUCUAGACUCUUCGUUGUUGUGGCAGAGUACUACCCAACGGGAAAGUUGGAGUUGAAAAUACAUAGAUUAUUUAAGCCUUUUGGCAUGAUUCAUGCCUGAAAUUGAGACGAAUAUCUGAGCACUAUUGCAAUUGGCUUGAAGGUGACUCCUAUCAGCGUCUCAUUCGAUCAUCACUCUUUCGGAUGAAGACUCAUUGUUUUUUUUUUCUUCUCAAAGACUCACAGUUUGUAUUGGGUGGACUAUUUAUAUUUUGAAGUACCCAAUAAAUAUAAUUGCAGUAUCAUUUUAAUUAAGGUAUUAUGACUUGGGGUC